CACAUCACUGUGGGGAGUUGUUUACAAAAAGUGGAAUUUUGGAAAACCGGAAAAGUGGCUAAAAAUUAAUAAUUUAGAUAGUUUACUGUUAAGGGCCAUUAAGCAAUAGUUAAUUAAGGAUUAUGGAUGCCCUGAGUGUGAUCGAGAAACGGUUGGAGCAUCUGAACCAGCUGCUCGGCCCGUUGCCAACCGACGAAAGCCAAUCGGAAAACCUGACCGAGGCCAUCCUUUCAGCAGCGUCCUUCCUGCCGUCCGCUAGCACCGGGCACCUCGCCGACGGAGCGGCCCGUAGCGCCAUUCUGGAGUCGUUCAAGCGAAAGGACGAGCUGGAAGCGUACCUGGAUCCAGCAUUCAUUGAGGAGAAGCAGGACAUCAAGGCGAAGGAAAUGUACAUCAACACGAUAGCCAACGAUCUGGCCGGGACGUUCGAGAUGCUGCAGAAAAUCAAAACCCUCGAACCUACGCUCGGGGCGGAGUACUUUCGUAACCUGCCCGAUGUGAGCGACCAGCUGAAGACGAUGACCACGACGAUGGCGGAACAGAAGCAGGCCAACGAGUUGCUCGAGGAAAGCCUCGUGAUUGCGAUGCAACGUUAUGGCGAGAUUCAGGCGGGAAUCAAAGAUUCGCUCAAAGGUAUGACCGAUCGUUUGGACCAGCUGGAAGAGCGCUUGGCGCAGAAGAAAAAGGAAGACAAGGACAUUUAAAGCGGACCAAGGGGUUUUUGGUUAAACAUUUUUCUUUUUUUUUAUGUAAGCAACUAUCUGCGAUCAUGUCACUAAACUAUUCCUACUCGCUUAUCAAAUAAAACAAACUUCAUUGAAACAUUA